AUGGACAACCUUACUUCCAACAGUGCUUCUACGCUAUCUCCUUCCAAAGAGCCCUCAUUGCUCGGCCUCCUGCUGGCCUCCAUCGGGCCUCAGCUUACUACCAUAGCCAUAUUGGCCGCUGUGCUGUUAGCAACUCGUCUCUACCGCGAAGAUGAUCCGUAUCAACUCAAGAGCAUCCCCCGUCUCCCCCGCUCACGGAUCAUGGACGCCUAUCAUUCAGGCUCGGUCUGGAGGAUUUUCGUUCCGAGGCUGAUUCCAUACCUCGACGCAGCAUACCACAAGGCAGGUGCCCCUUCCAUGGUCUCUAGCCGGGGUGGGUCUGAUUCAACGCAGUACAGCAGAAACGGAAAGCCCUUCAAGAUCUGGAUCAUCGCGCUUCGAAAAUGGGUCUAUGUCCUGCCACCCAAGUAUUUGGAAAAAAUCAGGAAUCAGAACCAAUCAGCAUUGAACCUUCGGGACGUCAUUCAUAUGGUCUAUCCGGGUCUUCUUGAUAACUUUGUUGCUCAGGUCUCCUCAAGAUUGGUCAAUGUGUACCUCUCCGAGAUUGACCCAUUGCUCCAGAGCCGCACCGAGCACUUACUAGACAGAGACAUCGGGGCUCCAAAGCAAUGGAAAAGUAUCAAUGCGAACAAGCUUUCCCAGGAUCUUGUCGACCACGUCUCCGGGCGACUUGUCUUUGGUGAGAACUUGGUCGACAAUACAGCCUUCCGUGAGCCUAUGACACGCUAUUCACACAGGCUUGUGGCCCAUGGUCUUCUCGGCCGCCGGUUCAAUAUAUGGCCCCUGAGUCCACUUUUCGCCCGUUAUCUCCAAUGGCAACUGAAGCGAGAUCUUGCUAUCGUCGCUCGCAUCGUGGGCGACGAAGUCAGCAAGAGGCGACGGCAGCAAGAGCAAGACCCUAACGGCAAGAAGCCAUUUGACUGCAUUCAAUGGGCAAUGGAGCAAGAUAUCCCUGAGGACCAGAAGAGUCCCGAGGCGAUUGCACAACGACUCGCAUUCGCCACUUCGGGCAUGAUUAGCACACCUCCUGGCACUCUAUUGGGCUUUUUCUUUGAUGUAGCUUCACAGAAGAGCGUCGUCGAAGAGAUACGUACUGAGAUAGCCCAAGUGCUCAAAGAGGAUGGACAAGGGUGGGUGGAAACCUCGAUUGCCAAGAUGAAGAAGCUCGAAUCCUUUUGUCAGGAAAGCGUUAGGACCUCUUCUUCGCUCGCCCCUUUAACUGGAUGGCGCCUUGUGACAAGCGACUCUUUCCGAUUCGAUGACAGCUUGACCCUGCCCAAGGGUUCCAUUAUUACCUUCCCAACAAGGCACAUGCGAUUGAACCCUGACACAUUCGAGAGCCCAGACAAAUUUGAUGGGCUUCGCUUCAUGAAGAUUAAGGAGGAGCAGGGCGGAAGAGAUGAUCUGACAAGCGACGCGAUCAAACAUAGAUCCCUCUUGUUUGGCUAUGGAAGACAAGCGUGUCCAGGGCGAUUCUACGCUCAAAGAUUGAUGAAGGUCAUCAUCGGUGUGGCGAUCUCACGAUACGAUAUUCGUUAUGCUGGCGGAGAUCGAGAAAGGCCCGAGUCAUGGGAUAUCGAGCCAUUUCUGAUAGGCGACACGACAGUGGACCUAGAAUUCAAAGUCAGACAUUGA